AUGGAUAUCGUCGGGAUAAGCGAAAAGGAACAGGAAGCAAUUUUCAGAGUGGUUGCUGCGAUUCUUCACAUCGGUAACAUCGAAUUUUCCAAGGGAAAGGAAGUGGAUUCAUCGGUUCCUAAGGAUGAUAAGGCCAAAUUUCAUCUUAACACAGUUGCAGAACUUCUCAUGUGUGAUGUAAAGGAUCUUGAAGAUGCACUGUGUAAACGUGUUAUGGUCACACCUGAGGAAGUUAUCAAGAGAAGUUUAGAUCCACAGAGUGCUGCAAUCAGCAGAGAUGGUCUAGCUAAGACCAUUUAUUCACGGUUGUUUGAUUGGUUGGUACAAAAGAUCAACGUCUCAAUUGGACAAGAUGCAAAUUCUAGAUCACUCAUUGGAGUCCUUGAUAUUUACGGAUUCGAAAGCUUUAAAACAAAUAGUUUUGAACAGUUUUGUAUUAAUUUCACGAAUGAGAAGUUGCAACAACAUUUCAAUCAGCACGUUUUCAAGAUGGAACAGGAGGAAUACACAAAAGAAGCAAUAGAUUGGAGCUACAUUGAAUUUGUGGACAAUCAAGAUGUUCUUGAUCUAAUUGAAAAGAAACCUGGUGGAAUUGUGGCACUCCUUGAUGAAGCUUGUAUGUUUCCGAAGUCAACCCAUGAAACAUUUGCGAACAAGCUUUAUCAGACUUUUAAGACCAACAAGAGGUUCAUCAAGCCAAAACUAUCUCGAACAGAUUUCACCGUUUCCCAUUAUGCUGGAGAAGUCCAGUAUCAGUCUGAUCUAUUUCUGGACAAAAACAAAGAUUAUGUGAUCGCUGAACAUCAAGAUUUGUUGGGUGCUUCCAAGUGUCCUUUCGUUGUUGGACUCUUUCCUAAGCUCGAAGAAACUUCUAAAUCUUCAAAGUUUUCAUCCAUUGGCUCUCGCGUUAAGCUGCAACUCCAGCAACUGAUGGAAACAUUAAACUCUACUGAGCCUCACUACAUCAGAUGUGUGAAGCCUAAUAACCUUCUCAAGCCUGCUAUAUUUGAGAAUAUCAACAUUAUGCAGCAACUUCGUUGUGGUGGUGUUUUGGAAGCGAUCAGAAUCAGUUGUGCAGGGUUUCCAACUCGUAAACCUUUCUUUGAGUUCAUUAACCGUUUUGGACUUCUAUCUCCUGAAGCUCUAGAAGGGAACUAUGAAGAGAAGGCUGCAUCGAAAAAGAUUUUGGACAAUAUUGGACUCAAAGGAUACCAGAUUGGUAAAACAAAGAUAUUUUUAAGGGCGGGACAGAUGGCUGAACUUGACGCAAGAAGAGCUUUGGUUCUUAGUGGUGCUGCGAAAAAGAUUCAGAGACGAGUAAGGACUCAUCAAGCCCGAAGACGGUUCUUUUUACUAAGAGAAGCCACCAUAUCUCUCCAAGCUUUAUGCAGAGGAAGACUUUCUUCGAAACUUUACGACAACUUGAGAAGAAAAGCUGCUGCUGUGAAGAUUCAGAAGAAUGCUCGGAGAUAUCAUUCUAGAAAAUCAUAUAAAAAUGUGCAUGUAGCGGCACUUGCUGUACAAACAGGUUUAAGAGCAAUGGCUGCUCAUAAAGAAUUCAGAUUCAAGAAGCAAACAAAGGCUGCUACAACUAUUCAGGCUCAGUGGCGUUGUCAUAGGGCAACAUCUUACUACAAGAAGCUUAAGAAAGGAGUGAUCCUUUCGCAGUCACGAUGGAGAGGAAGGCUUGCAAAGAAAGAACUUCGGAAACUCAAAAUGGCUUCAAGGGAAACAGGUGCAUUGAAAGAGGCAAAGGAUAUACUUGAAAAGAAAGUGGAAGAACUCACAUACCGUGUGCAGUUGGAGAAACGUUUAAGGACCGACCUGGAAGAAGAAAAGAGUCAAGAGAUAACGAAACUACAGAGUUCAAUGGAGGAAAUGAAGAAGAAAGUUGAGGAAACAAAUGUGUUGCUUGUUAAAGAACGUGAAGCUGCAAAGAAAGCCAUCGAAGAAGCGCCUCCUGUUGUAACAGAAACUCAAGUAGUUGUUGAAGAUACACAAAAGAUUGAGUCAUUAACAGAACAAGUGGAAGGUCUAAAGACUGAUCUUGAACAAGAGAAACAAAGGGCUGAUGAUGCAGCAAGGAAGUUUGAUGAAGCUCAAGAGUCUAGUGAAGAGAGGAAGACUAAGUUGGAAGAAACAGAGAAAAAAGUUCAGCUUCUACAAGAAAACGUCACAAGGCUGGAGGAAAAAUGCAACAAUUUGGAAUCAGAGAAUAAAGUGUUGAGACAACAAGCCGUGUCCAUUGCACCUAAUAAGCUUCUCUCUGGCCGGUCUAGGUCUAUUUUACAGGAUCUUAGCCAUUCAAUAAACCAUAGAGAUAUAGCUGAAGUGGAGGAUAAGCCACAGAAGUCAUUAAACGAGAAGCAACAAGAAAACCAAGAACUGCUUAUCCGCUGCAUCGUUCAACACUUGGGUUUCCAAGGGAACCGACCCAUCACAGCAUGUAUCAUUUACAAAUGCUUAUUGCAAUGGCGAUCAUUUGAAGUUGAAAGAACCAGUGUCUUUGAUCGUAUUAUUCAGACCAUAGGACAUGCUAUUGAGACGCAAGAUAACAAUGAUAUAUUAGCAUAUUGGUUGUCCAAUGCCUCAACGUUGCUAUUACUCCUCCAACGCACGCUUAAAGCUAGCGGUGCAGCAGGGAUGGCUCCACAACGUCGUCGCUCAUCUUCUGCCACUCUCUUUGGGAGGAUGACUCAGAGCUUCCGUGGCGCACCCCAAGGUGUGAAUCUUAGCUUGAUAAACGGUGGAGCUGAUACAUUAAGGCAAGUGGAGGCUAAAUACCCGGCUCUACUCUUCAAGCAGCAGCUAACAGCUUAUGUUGAAAAGAUAUAUGGAAUGAUUCGUGAUAACUUGAAGAAAGAGAUUUCUCCUCUCCUUGGAUUGUGCAUUCAGGCACCAAGAACAUCAAGAGCGAGUUUAGUGAAAGGAGCCUCUCGUUCUGUUGGCAAUUCUGAAGCUCAACAAGCAUUGAUCGCUCAUUGGCAAGGAAUAGUAAAGAGCCUUACUAACUUCCUCAAUACUCUGAAAUCAAACCAUGUUCCUCCGUUUUUGGUCCGGAAGGUGUUCACGCAGAUAUUCUCAUUCAUUAAUGUUCAACUGUUCAACAGCCUUUUGUUAAGACGGGAAUGUUGCUCAUUUAGUAAUGGGGAGUACGUAAAAGCAGGUUUGGCUGAAUUAGAGCACUGGUGUUACAAAGCAACUGAUGAGUACGCAGGUUCUUCUUGGGAUGAGCUUAAGCAUAUCAGACAGGCCAUUGGGUUUCUGGUGAUACACCAAAAACCUCAAAAAACAUUGGAUGAGAUAAGUCAUGAUCUGUGCCCGGUACUCAGUAUACAGCAGCUAUACCGAAUAAGUACCAUGUACUGGGACGAUAAGUACGGGACUCAUAGCGUAUCGCCAGACGUGAUAGCAAAUAUGAGGGUGCUGAUGACAGAAGAUUCAAACAAUGCUGUUAGCAACUCUUUUUUAUUAGAUGAUGAUUCCAGCAUUCCGUUCUCGGUUGAUGAUUUGUCAAAAUCAAUGGAGAGGAUUGAGAUUGGAGAUGUAGAACCACCACCUCUCAUCCGAGAGAAUUCUGGGUUUAGCUUUCUCUUGCCAGUUUCUAGCUAA